AUGCGCUGGUUGGGCACGGCCCUUGUAGUUACGACACGAUUCCAGCUAGGGUUUAGACCCGGUCACCGAUUACCCGGCAGUACUCGACCGGUACCGGCUUGUAUUGUAGAGCCUAUGCGACCGGCCGCCGGCGAAGCUCCCAACUCCAAAGCCGACCAACUUUCGAAUGCCAUUGACAGGAUGGCACCUGAACUGGCCGAGGCCCAACAUCUGAAAACGAAACGAACGGACGUCUGACCGAGGAGCUCAAAAAACUCAAACUUGCCUAAAAAAAACUCGAACGAUCGAUCUCUAUUCCGGCAGGUUUACGUUUUUUCAAUCGGUAAUCUUCCCAUUUCCAUGCCACCGAACUCCCAAUCUAUCGAUGCAGGCAGACGAGUCUCAAGCCAGUCAAGCCACUUGGUCCAAAAAAGGAUCAGGGUUGACUGAUCGAUCACCCAACUCUAACUAAAGCUGGCGACUCGUCUCGGCUCCAAGAUCAAAGAGUGUACAUAGAAAAUAAAUUAAUCAGACGAUAUGAAGUUCAAGAAACCUCUUGUAAAUAGCUUUUAGUUACCAAAAAAAAGCUGUUG